AUGCGGUUGCGUGGCACCGGCUCGAGCCGUUUCAUUCCGGCGACCAAACAUCACGAGUGGCUCGCGUGGAAGCCCCCGUACCUGUUGGAUGACCUCGAGGACGGCUUGAGUGUACCUGCGAAAGGGUACAGCCACACGUCGAGCCAUGCGGUGGCUCAUCGGCGCGACCACAAAGCGCUGCGGAUAUGCUGCUGCCUGAGCGUGUGGUACCUCUUUUCGAUGUCUGCCACAUUCAUUAACAAAGUCCUGAUCAAGAACCAUCACGUGUCGGCCGAGAUGCUCACUAUGUGUCACCUCUUUGUCAGUAUCCUUCUUGACUUUGUGGUGCUGACAUUCCCAAGCUCGCCCACGAAUGCCAGUGCUUGGCGCAUGCAGUGCAUUCGUAUGCGCAGCAUUCUAUGGAUUGUCCCACUGAGUCUCUUUUCAGUCUUGGCCAAGACGUUGACGUACUGGAGCUACAACGUCGUGCCAGUGUCCAUUACACAGACCUGCAAAGCGUCGCAGCCGUUUUUCAACGUCUUGUUGGCGUAUGUGGCCUACCGCUCGCGGUUCUCUGCAGCGACGUACUUGACGCUGAUCCCGAUCGUCUUUGGUGUUGUCAUGGCGUCUGUGUCGGAAAUGGGCAUGAAUGACCUCGCGUUCUCGGGCACCAUGUUUGCCGUGACGUCUGCGUUGCUGGGUGUCAUGCAGAGUAUGUACGCCAAGUUCCUGUUGCGUCGCCGGAUUGUGGUUGAUACCGUGAACCUGCACUUUUACAGCUCAUUUGUGUCGUUCGCUAUCAACGCACCAUUCGUGCUCAUGUCGGCGCGAGCUCACCAGGACAACUUUGUCGCGAGUUUCCCGUUCGGAAAGGUGCUGCUGUGCAGCAUGAUGCAUUUUGUCGGGAGUUUCUGCUCGUCAUGGGUGCUGGGCGAGGUCACAGAGCUCACUUUCUCCAUCAUGAGUACAAUGAAGCGUGUGGUCGUCAUCCUUAGCGCCGUACUGUACUUUGGCAAUCCAGUGACGCUUCAGUCGAUUCUUGGCAUGACCUUCGCGAUUGGCGGUGUGGCCGGCUACCAGCUGCUCAAGGUUACCGAGAAGGGAUCGAAGAUACCCCCGCUGCCUUUUACGGUUAAAGCGUCCGAGUAA